AUGGGCAGUCGGGGCACCCCCGUUAAAAUGACAAAUGCUGUCUGUAAGUCGUAUAACAAAUCGUGGGUUGCCGUUCACUACUGUCGUCUGAAGGCCUAUUCUCGGAACAAGACCAGCUUGAAUAUAAAUGCCACGUUCAUAGAGACAGCCCAUCGCAUAUCCCUUCACAUGAAGAUGAUGAAGAAGGCCAGUGGCUAUAAGCCGUUUCUGUUUGUUUAUACCUUCGAUGCCUGCGAGUUUAUGAGGAGACGGAACCUGCCCUUUGCCAAGAUCAUCUGGAAUCUGAUCAAGGAUGGUGUAUCCACCAUCAACCACACUUGUCCUUUUAUGGGCUUACAAAUGCUAAGUGAUUUUCACCUAAUUGAAGUACCAUCACUACCGACGGGAGAGUACUUUCUUUUAUUAGACUACAGUUUGCAACGAAUGUAAAUUUCGUUCAUUCAAUCAAGAU